GUUCGUCGGCGGUCCUCACUGGCAUGGACGCCGGAGGAGCGCUCUGACCACGCAGGAACCAUGCCUACUGUCCUCCGAGGCAAAGGGAAACUUUCCGUUGUCUGCUCUCUGCUCCGAUGCGCGUAUUCUCAGGUAACAAGAAACCAACACAAAAGCUGUGCCAAAGACAUUCUGGAGGACAUGACUCAGUCCUGGCCGUCCCAACAAGCCUUAGGGGGCAACCAGGCCCAACGGAUCCUCUACAACCCUAAGGAUCCAAAGCAACUGACAGCACAACAAAGGCAAAGUCGAGGGGACGUCCAGCUGCGAAUGAACCGUCCUCCUCAUGUGGCACCUCACAAGUCGAUGCUUGCCGAUGACCUGAAGCUGAGCAGCGACGAUGACGACACUCACAGGGCCCCGCAUGAGUCAGCUUCCUGGGACAGACAGAGCCUGUCAGCGCAGCGAGCGCACACACAUGGCAGGCGGGUGAGACAUUCCAGCUCCGACUCCUCGGGCUCAGACUCCAGUGCCGAGUCGGGGAGCAGCAGCCCUCGUUCCCGGAGCCCGAGCCCGGAGGUUCACCCGGACCCUGCGUCGCCGGCCGACGCGCAGCCACGCGGCGACGACAACAACAAGGAGGCUGACCACCCCUCUGCUGCCCAGUGGCAGUUGGAUAAAUGGCUGAAAAAGUCGCGGAAAAAAUCUGCCAGCAGUGAACAGGAUCCUUCCCAUAGCAUUCCAGGACGUCUGCCCUCUCCUCACGCCCAGCGAGCCCCAUCUCCAGCUCGAGCAUGGGACAGCAAUCAGGAAUACAGCCCUAGCCAAAGCCCUAUUCCCAGUCCACAGUUCAAUUACAGCCGCGCCAACAGCCCCCUGCCCAGCCCUGGUUACAGCUACUGCCCCAGCCCCAGCCCCUUCACCAGCACAUGUCCAAGUCCCAGCCCGGAGCACAUUCCCGUUCCCAGUCCAGCUCUAAGUGACUGCCUCAGUCCCGGAGCCAGUCGUAGCCCUAGCCCUGUAUCCAGAAACCCUCCAAGUAGCCCAGGUCCUAGCUUGGCCCCUUCAUCGAGGGUUCGUCACAACCCUGAGGUUCAGAAACAAACCCAAUCAAGUCCAAAAUCUAAUUCCCACAGGACCAAAAUCAGGCCCUGGAUUGAUCCACUGCCUAACGCUCACACCAAGAACCAUCACAUACAUAGUACUCAUCCUGAACCAAGUCAUCAGCAGAGACCCAAGGCCCAGCCCACACAGGAAGCAGACCAGAGAAGGUCCAAAGCUUCCACUGUGCUAAAUUCUCAAAGUCACAGCCACAAAAGUCGACCUAAAUCUGACUUUGUGCCAAACUCUAAACAGCACUCUGAGGCUCCCAAAGCUAAACACACAUCACAUUCUGAGCAAGGCCAGGGAAGCAGGUCAAACCACAGCUCCAGCUACAAGCCUAGACCUUUAUUUCAAUCCAGCUCACAACGCAGCCCCACAAGAGACAGGAGACACCACUUAGUUCCCACUAGUCGUGAAACUAUCAGCAGUCAUGGUUCUGAUUCCCAGUCUACCUAUAAAGCUACUGGUAAUUCUAUUUCUGGGUUGAACUGUAGGUCAAGCCCAAGUUUAAACCCUCGGGCCAAGGCUUGGGACACACUUUCUGUGGAUGUUAAUCAGGCCAAAACACUGCACAAGAAACCCCCAACGAAGGAGCAGAUCGUGGACCACAGAGGCGAUCAACCGAGCCAAGCACAGGGCAGAAAGCACGAAAGAAGGGAGGAGAGAGUCAGGGAGAAGCCAGCGGGUAAACAAGACCAAAAGGAAGACAGGAGGCUGGCGGAGGAGCAGUUACUGAGACGGCCCUGGAUCCAGAGUUCAUCAGAGGAAGAGGGGGAGGAAGAGGAGCAGAAGGAACUGACAGAGAGGCAACGAGGGGGAGAGGAGCCAGCAAGGGUUGAAAGCAGUAGGAGAAGGGAGCAGCAACAUAGACGCGAAUGGAAAGAGGUCCAUGUCAAAGAGAAGCUGCCCGUGACCUCAGAACGACAUCACCUCCAGAAAGACUCCCACCACCAAGGGAGGACAAGAAAGGGAGACAGAGGCGAGAAGGAAAAAGAGUCGUCACCUCCUCCGUCACGGUCUCCUACUCCUCAUAGGUCGUCGUCCUCCUCCUCCGCCUCCUCCUCCUCCAAUUCAGACUCGGAGCCCGAAUAUCAGAACUUGAUCACUAAAGUGCCAGCAGACUCCACCUCCCACAAGAUACUCAGCAGGAGGGGGCAGCCAGAGCCAGGCAGACCUGAUGCCAACAAGCCAAAGGUCAUCCAGUCCAGAACCUCCCCCUCGGAGAAUCCAAGUGAAGGGCAGCAAAGUAAAGGGAAGCAAAAACUCUACACCCUGGUUCCGUUCGGGAGAGGGGAGCAAGCUACCGUGUCCUCCCAGCGAGGGCUCCGGAAUCUGGUGGUGCAGAUAGACCUGUGUCUUCUCAAAAGGGUCCCGGACUCUGCAGUGUCCACCACUAAAAAGCCUGUGUCUUCCUCCUGCUCCUCGUCAAUAAAGGACAAGCAAAGAGAGACUAUGAAACACCUUCAUGGACCUGAGAUGGUGACGAAAGAGGGCAGAAGGAAACGCAAGCUGGAGAAUGGCGCGACACACAGAGAAAGUAAAAGGAGCCUUCCUAAUGUGAACGAGCUCUCAGGCCAAACGGAGUCUUCCUCCCGCACGCCCGAGCGUAACUUUGUGACCGAGACCACGCACAACGGAUACAUAGAGGAGUACUUGGACAGCAAGAGGCCGCUGUCUCCGCUGUCUCCCCUGUCUGACAACCCAGACUCCAGCAAGACUCCCUCCAAACUAAAAGCCUCCGAGCAGCAACACGUCCACCCCCACAAGAACCGGGACAAAAGCAAAGAUCCGGCUGUAAAGCCCAAGAUGGAGGUCGAAUGUGUACGGGUGUCGAGGCAGCCUCAGCUGCCGUCCGAGUCCUGGGGCCCUGCGGGACACCGGGGGGGCGUGCCUAAUCAUGAAACACCGCAUCACGCUGAAUAUUACCUACACGAAGCCAAACGGAUGAAACACCGCGCCGACGCAAUGGUGGACAAGCUGGGGAAGGCCGUGAAUUAUGUUGACGCUGCUCUCUCCUUCAUGGAGUGUGGAAAGGCAAUGGAAGAGGGGCCGCUGGAGGCUAAAUCUCCUUAUACCAUGUACUCAGAGACGGUGGAGCUGAUCAGGUAUGCAAUGAGACUGAAGAGCCACGCGGGCCCCGGUGCGAGACAGGAAGACAAACAGCUGGCGGUGCUGUGUUUCCGAUGCCUUGCCCUACUUUACUGGCAGAUGUUUCGUCUAAAGAAGGACCACGCACUGAAAUACUCCAAAGUGCUGCUGGACUAUUUUAAGAGUUCUCCAAAAGUGCCUACAACACCUCAAUGUUGGAAUGAAUCUGGGAAAGGCUCAGGGGGACCCCCGUCCUCGCUCUCGCCCAAUGCGAAAAGCCUUGGACGGGGUUCACUCGGGGGCAGGACCUCCCCCUCUCUCAUCAGCAUUCCUCAGCGCAUCCACCAGAUGGCAGCGAAUCACCUGAACAUCACCAACAGUGUCCUGUACAGCUAUGAGUACUGGGAGGUGGCAGACAACCUGGCUAAGGAGAAUAAAGAGUUCUUCAACUAUUUGAACACUUUAUCGGGACCAUUGACUCUUCACAGUAGCAUUGCUCACACUGUCCAGUACACCAGGCAGGCUCUUCAGUGGAUACGCAUCAGUGCCAAACUUAACUAAGAAGGGACGGAUUCACGGUUCCCUGACCACUGGAUCUCCAGACCACAUUUUACUUUACUGUAGAAGAGACAACCUCUGGAUCUCUAUGCAGCUACCAGGGCAGCGCUGAUGCCUUCUGUCCUGCUGGAACUCGGAUAAAAUCCCAAGGAGGCAUUUGUCAUCCUCAUAGGAUGUUCGAGUGCUCAGAACCUGGACCUCACUGUGCUCAAAGCCUUCGGGAGAAGCAAACUUUAAACCUUGCGGGUCGCUGUGUGCACAUUUCUCCUGUUUGUUUUGGGGUUUGUGCACAGUUCAAAGUAGUUCAGUGUAAUAAUUUGCCAAAAAGUCUCUCGGACCUCAAGUAACUCAUAAACCCUCCUUUUCAUACGUGUUUCUGUGUAAGCAGAACAGGACCAAAUGCUGAAUUAUAUACCACUUUCACCAAAACAAACAAAAGAAAUCUGCAAAUUUGCUAAUGAAGGUUGAAAUUACAAUUAAAAUAUGACAUAUUUACAUUUUUCUGUGUUUUUUACUGUGCAAUAUUUGAAUUGUCUGUUUUUUUGAAAAAUGUUACAUAAAAUACUGGUGAAUUCAAUUGCCAAUUGUUUUAAGUGUCGAAAUUGAUCAAUGAAGUUCCUCUAGACUACCUCUCACUUCGGCUAAAGCCUAGAAUGCUUUAGUUUUUGAUAGACGUUUGGACUAAACUUGUAACUGAUUUGUUUACACAUAAAAUCAGCUGUUAAAAACUGAGCUUUCAGGGAAUCUCACGUCCUUCUUUAUUUCAUUAUAAUAAUCCCAACUUUAAUUGCAGGAUGUUUUUAAUGAGUGUUAAUGUGAUAUUAAUGAAAUAUUUGUGUUGGAAAGCAGGAGCAUCUUGCAGGUUGAUCCUUUGCUGCGGCUUCAGUCACAUACCAGAACACACCUUCAUAGUAGGCACAAGUGUUCUGUGAGUCAGACCCAUCUGUCAGGCCACUUGUGCAGCGAUUUCACUCUGCCACUCAAACAUCACUCUCUUUGCCUCUCCACCACUGCACCGAGCAUAUAUUCUACAUCCUGCUGCACCAGCACAGUAGUCACACAUGAAACUUCAGCAUCUGAUGUCUGGUACCAUAGCAACAGAGAGCAACCAAUAAGGGGGCGCAGAGAAACACAACACGUUGUGGGUCAAUGGCAUCCUAGUUUCUUUGAUUUUGUAAAAUUAUACGUUGCUAACUAAUCCCAUGCUGGACUACAUUUUCCUGUUUUCUGCUCUCCUUUAUUCUGCAGAUGUUAAAUAGAGGCUGUCAGGAUUGUUUAACCAAACAGAUUGUUUGGUGAUUUUCAUUUUUUUUGCUGAUUUAUUUCCAAAAGCAGAUACUCUAAGUGCAGACUCCUAUUAAUGUAAAUGAGAGACUAUAAUUUUUUAU